AUGCAUGGGCAUGCAUUUGGUGUGGAGACCAAGCGCAGUCUGGAAGAAAGAGAAAAGCGGCACAAUAGUCACAAAGAGCAGUUGGCGCGGGAACACCGCUACCUCAAGCGGCGGCUGACGCAGCUGUGCGCGGCUCCGCGGGACACGCGCAGCAUAUCCGAGAGCUCCAUGACGCAUGCGCACGCGACGCGCGCGGACUCCUUGUCCUCAUUGGAGUCGUCGUCGGGUGUCUCCACGGCGGAGCGAUCGCCAUCCUCAGUCUCUGAAAGUGACGAGGUGGACGUGAUCGGCUACACGUCGAACCAGAGCGACAGCGAGUCGCUGGUGUCGGGCCACAGCGGCGACAGCGGCGUCGGCGUGCCGGCGCGGCGACUGCGCGCGCGCUCUCCGUACCACACGCACGUGACGCACGCGCACGCGUCGCACGUGUCGCACGCAUCGCACGUCUCCAGCGCGCACACUCGCACCAGGCGCGCCGCGCGCUCCACGAGAGUCUAGGUGGGAGGUGCGCGGCGCGGGAUGUUCGCGGGGUGUUCGCGGUAUGUUCGCGCGAUGUUCGCGGGGUGCUCGCGGAGCCGGCACUGUCCGCCCGACGUUAUACAUGCGUAACGUUAACUGUAGAACAUUUUGUUGAUAUGUACUAAGGCGAAUGUUGUUUCUGUGACUGAACGGUUACCGCCAGCGACGGUUCCACGCGACAGAGUGACUCGACGGCGACACCUGCGCCCGCGCCGCAACAUUACCACACGUCACACAACGCAACACACUCAUUACACAUCUGACCAUCACCAAGUACAAAAUUGCCAAAAAUUUACAUUCAAAGUAUAUUUCGUUUCAGAUUUCUUUUGUGUUUGUGUCCCGGAGCCUGGCUCCGGGGAUUGCGCCUUACACCAUUUGUUUUAUUUUUGUAAUUUUAUUUUUCAUGACGUCACUUAUUCCAUUGUCGUGUUAUGAACACUAUUAUGUAUGUGAAAAAUCAUUAUAUUUUAUUAUUUUUAAAUCAUGUAUUUAAAAAUUAAAUUUUGUGGAUUUCGAAAUUGUUACCGGUAUUUGAAAUGAGCAAGUUUUAGGAAAUAUUAAAUUAGUUUUGAUUUGGCAACGUGACAUUUUUAAUUGGCAAUACUAAGGUCUAUAGUUGCUACAUCAAAAUUCAAAUUCCAUUAAUUUUUUUAUUAAAUUUAAUAAAAUAUUGGUCCUUUCAUUCUGUAUUUUGCUUAUGUCGAUAACAGUUUUGAAUUCUGCGCAUGACGCAAGGGCCCAAAGUAUGCUAGUGAUCAGCGAGCAACAUUUUCACGAAGCUCUCAUAUUAUUGCCAGCAUACCAUAACCCAAUAUUUCCUUUACGACCUAAAACGAGCACUUUUAUUUUUUCAUUAUUUAUUUAUUAAAAAUAAUUCAUAUUGGACAUGAUCGAAUGUAAAUUUUUAUAACGUUUUUAGGAGAAAUUUUUUUUGGAAGCAACCUCUCUAGGUACUUAUUGUUAUCGAUUUCCACGAAAUGAGAAAUAAUAUUAAUAAAAAGAAAUGCUCUACGCAAAUGUUGUAUAGAUACUUUAUAUUUUGUAUAUAAUUAUUUUUUUCUUGUAUAUUAUUAAAAAUCAAAUAGUUUUUAGAUCUGUGGAUGUUUGAUUGACGGUUCGAGACAAUUUGGGUAAAACUCGCAGACGCGGCUUCAGGUUAACACUUUGAGGUUAUUUCACUAUACAAAUUGAAUGGGAGGUUGCGUCCCCCCGUGAACCCGAACUGAAUCCGCGGCUGUCCACGUAAUACGAGAAGACCCACCAAAAAUUAUUAUGUUUUAAUUUAAGUAAUUGUCUAACAAUUUAUUUCCAUCGUUAAACAGGUACACUAACGAUUACGUUGUGGCUAUGAGAUGUAACUUUAACUAUAUGGGCGUAACUAUGGACAAUAUUGUAUACUAUGUUGAAAUAUAAUAUAUUUUUACCAAAAGUAGUUUUUAUUUUAAUCUGGUAACACGAACAUUCGGGUGUCAUUGAGGGCUAUCAGAAAUAAAGUUAGCGAAGAUUUAUUUAGUUUUACCAGACCGAUGUAAACUACUACAGUAAAGAAUAUAAUAUAUUAGAUUUAUGAGUGCUUCAUUUCGAACACCAAGCUAGUUUCCCUAACACUUAUAAUGUUCUUGUUAAUGCACAUCAUUUGGCACAUUACCUAUCAGCCUUAAGUUAGUUUUAAAGGUUGCAAUUCUUUCUAAUAAUAAAUUAAUUAAAAUUGAAUCUUUGACGAACGUGGCAGAUGUUUACAAUCCCAAUAUUGCCAAUUACAUUCUAAAUUAUCUUCGUUUUAAAGUUUUUAGUUACGUCCAUAUAUUGCUUUAAUAACAAAAAAAUCGCGGCAAAUCUAAACCCUAUGGCUAAUGUCAUAAAAACGAAAUACGAUUGCACGCAACAGACUCACUAACAUCGUAUUUGUUAAGUAUUAAUAUUGAGUUUUAUUGAUCUCAGUUCAUUGUCACACGAGUCCUGUGUAAAUGAUUCGUUGUUACCGAAAA